UAUUAUGUAUUGCCCACUUAUAAAUUAUAAUCCAAGGACAAGCUAUACAUACAGCUAUUUCUCUUUCUCUCUUUAAAUACCUAGGAUGAUUUUAUUAGGAAGGACUCUAAGAAGUAGAAUUACUGGGCAGAAGGCAUCAACAUUUUCGAGGGCCUUGGAUACCCUGAAAUUCAGUUCCGGCUUCGGUGCUUUGCAUGAAGGCGAGAAUAACGACAAGUUCUUCACCCACCCCAAGAACGCCGCGGCGCUGGCGGCCUACCUCUUUGCACACAACCACCUCUUCUACCUGAUGGAGCUCUCCACGGCCCUGCUGCUGCUGCUGCUGUCCCUGUGUGAGGCCCCCGCUGUCCCCGCGCUCCGGCUCGGCAUUUACGUCCACGCGACCUUGGAGCUGUUCGCCCUGAUGGUGGUCGUCUUUGAACUCUGCAUGAAGUUGCGGUGGCUGGGCCUCCAUACCUUCAUCCGGCACAAACGGACCAUGGUCAAGACUUCCGUGUUGGUGGUGCAGUUCAUCGAGGCCAUCGUGGUGUUGGUACGGCAGAUGUCCCACGUGCGGGUGACCCGGGCACUGCGCUGCAUUUUCCUGGUGGACUGUCGGUACUGCGGCGGCGUCCGGCGCAACCUUCGGCAGAUCUUCCAGUCCCUGCCACCCUUCAUGGACAUCCUCCUGCUGCUGCUCUUCUUCAUGAUCAUUUUUGCCAUCCUUGGUUUCUACUUGUUCUCCUCUAAUCCUUCAGACCCCUACUUCAGCACCCUGGAGAGCAGCAUCGUCAGCCUCUUUGUCCUUCUGACCACAGCCAAUUUCCCAGACGUGAUGAUGCCGUCCUACUCCCGGAACCCCUGGUCCUGUGUCUUCUUCAUCGUGUACCUCUCCAUCGAGCUGUACUUCACCAUGAACCUGCUUCUGGCCGUGGUGUUCGACACCUUCAAUGACAUCGAGAAACGCAAGUUCAAGUCUUUGCUGUUGCAUAAGCGCACCGCCAUCCAGCACGCCUACCGCCUGCUCAUCAGCCAGCGGAGGCCUGCCGGCAUCUCCUACAGGCAGUUUGAAGGGCUGAUGCGCUUUUACAAGCCCCGGAUGAGUGCUAGGGAGCGCUAUCUUACUUUCAAGGCCCUGAAUCAGAAUAACACACCUCUGCUCAGCCUGAAGGACUUUUAUGAUAUCUACGAAGUCGCCGCCUUGAAGUGGAAGGCAAAGAGAAAUAGAGAGCACUGGUUUGAUGAGCUUCCCAGGACAGCCUUCCUCAUCUUCAAAGGAAUUAAUAUCCUUGUGAAGUCCAAAGCCUUCCAGUAUUUCAUGUACUUGGUGGUGGCAGUCAACGGGGUCUGGGUCCUCGCGGAGACCUUCAUGCUGAAAGGUGGGAACUUCUUCUCCAAGCACGUGCCCUGGAGUUACCUCGUCUUCCUGACUAUCUACGGGGUGGAAUUGUUCCUGAAGGUCGCCGGCCUGGGCCCUGUUGAGUACCUGUCCUCUGGAUGGAACCUGUUCGACUUCUCCGUCACCGCGUUCGCCUUCCUGGGACUCCUGGCUCUGGCCUUCAACAUGGAGCCCUUCUAUUUCAUAGUGGUCCUGCGUCCCCUCCAGCUGCUGAGGUUAUUCAAACUGAAAAAGCGCUACCGCAACGUGCUGGACACCAUGUUUGAGCUGCUGCCCCGGAUGGCCAGCCUGGGCCUCACCCUGCUCAUCUUCUACUACUCCUUCGCCAUCGUGGGCAUGGAAUUCUUCUAUGGGAUCCUGUACCCCAACUGCUGCAAUACGAGUACAGUGGCAGACGCCUAUCGCUUGCUCAAUCACACCGUGGGCAACAGAACUGUCGUGGAAGACGGCUACUACUAUCUCAAUAAUUUCGACAACAUCCUGAACAGCUUCGUGACCUUGUUUGAACUCACAGUUGUCAACAACUGGUACAUCGUCAUGGAAGGCGUAACCUCUCAGACCUCCCACUGGAGUCGCCUCUACUUCAUGACCUUUUACAUCGUGACCAUGGUGGUGAUGACCAUCAUCGUCGCCUUUAUCCUGGAGGCCUUCGUCUUCCGAAUGAACUACAACCGCAAGAACCAGGACUCGGAAGUUGACGGUGGCAUCACUGUUGAGAAGGAAAUUUCUAAGGACGAGCUGCUGUCUGUCCUCAAGCUGUACCGGGAGGCCCGGGGGGCCACCUCGGACAUCCCCCGGCUGCUGAAGACCCUUUCCCAGAUGGAAAGAAACCAGCAAAACAUCAUGGUGUUUCUGGGACGGCGAUCAAGGACCAAAAGUGACCUGAGCCUGAAGAUGUACCAAGAGGAGAUUCAGGAGUGGUACGAGGAGCACGCCCGGGGACAGGAGGAGCAGCAGCAGCAGCUCAGUGGCAGCGGUGUCCCCGUCUCCCAGCAGCCCCCAGGCAGCCGCCAGCGCUCCCAGACCAUCACCUAACCCAGUUCGCGAAAGCCAUCUCUUCUAUGCAAUAACACAAUAGUAUUAUUUUACUACGAUGUAUUGAAACGUGUGUGUGUGUAUGUGUGUGUGUGUACACACACACAUACACACACACACAUUCAUAUAUAUGCACAUAUUUAUAUAUAGAAAAAGGAAAAGACAGGCGGACAAGAUGGGGUUUGGUUUGUAAUCACCUUGCCCUGUUUUCCUUAACCCCAGAAGUCAGUUUGGUUUGGGGCGGGGGUGGGUCAGGCCCCUAGGAGCUCUUCGUAACAUGGAAAGCUCCGGAAGGCCCCUUCACAGGAUGACUACUUGGAUAGAUUCUGCCCAUCUCUGCAGGGCUUGUCUUCCAAGUGGACCAGCCCUCCCUCGGCCACGUCCACGUCCAAAUCGGCCUCCUGACUGCUUUCCAACUCACAGCUUCUCCACUAACGUUCCCUGCGGCCCCUUCACGGGUUUCUGCGUCUUGCUUUAGGGACAAAACCACUUAGGAACGAGAGAACCCACAUCCUUGGGGCUUGUACUUCUAUUAUUACGAUAAUGCAGUAGAACGUUCCUUUGGGGGAGCCAGUGCCUCGGGCCUGAUGGGAAGAGUAAAGCGAGGGGUGUGAUGAGACUGUGUGGUCAGUGCCAGGCAGUGAGGUGACGCUGACACACUCUGUGUCCUGGCUCGUGUCCUUUCCCACACCGAUUUUGGUUUGGUUUCACCCCUUGUCGCCAAAGGGCCUUCGAAUGUGGCCCCCUUGGGAAUCCGGGCCCAGCAGGAGGAGCAAACAAGCAGCAAGCGGGCCGAUGGCCACCCCCCCUCCCCCAGACCAAGUCCCGGCAUGGGCUAUCUCCCCUAAAUCCCUUUUCCCUGGGAUUGUCCUGUUCAAGCCAAAAGACAUGUUGGUUAAUUCAGGAUUCUGCUAGAGACAAUACAGGUCCCUCAGGUGUGUGCAUUAGGUUCCACUGCUGGGAACCGGAGCAGAGAGCACAGACCCCACCCCCGCCGGCUGUCCUCAGCGGCCCUGUGGCUGAACCCUGUGGUCGGUCCAUUUGGCCAGCUCCCCUCUCCCCUUGGACAGAGGCAGGAGUGGGGCCUCAGCUCACCCGAGUGGUCGGUGCGGAAGCAUGUUCAGGUGGACCCCAAGUGCCCCUGGUACCCUGGGGGAGUUCUCUGUGAGAUCAGUGUGGUGAGGGCAGGACCAGCGCUCCGAUCCAGAGCAAGCCGUCAGGGCUGGCAGCCCCGGUAAGCGGUAGAGGUGGCCCCAGAAGCAGGGCCGCAGUGGAGGGACCUUGGGUUCAGCUCUCCCGGGCUGCAAGCCUCUCAUGGUGCAGGAGGCAGAGGCGGUGGGAUGCAGGGGUGGGGAGGGGCAUGGGGAGCCUCCCCCACUGGACAUCCUGGUCCACCCCAGCUCUCCAGCCGCCCCCAUGACUUAGGAAGAAUGAUGGGCAGAGGUUCCCCUCGCCCUGUCCUCCUCCCGACAGGGCAGGGUGUGAUUCCAGGGGUACAGUACCGGCUGCCCCACACCCUCUCCCCGGCCAUCUCCAAGGCCCCCUGGCCAACACUGCACAGCUCUGCCCCUCACCAGGGGAGAAGUGGUGGGCGUUUGCGUUUUUAAAGCACAGCCCUUUGGGGAAAUAGGGAAUUGUGGGGAACCACUGAGAUGCUCACAGGCUGAUGUCUUCUUCGUCUCUGGAGGGCCACUGGCCGUCGUCACGGGCAGCUCAGCCCCAAGCAGAACUCCUUUCCCUCUCUCCAGAGCAGCAACUUGAUUUGCACAACUGGGUGCCUUUUAGCUUUCAUGUACUGAAAUGGGGGCAUUUGGGAAGUGGGGUCAAGGGGCAGCGUUUAAAGGAGGGUGGGAGUCCUGCCACCUGAGUGUCUGGGCCUCAUUCUAGUCUCUUCCUCUGCCCCCAAGGGGCUGCAAACCUGGGAAGGGCACCAGAGGAGUUGAGGCCCCCGUGUGAGGGCUGGUAUCAGCAAGGGGGGACUCUGGUCCACCCCUCCCAACCCUGGGAAAGGCCCUGGUGUAGCCAGGACGGGACGAAUGCAAAGGGCCAACAGUGCUGACGGGCCAGACUCCAGCCACUGGUCAGCGCCCUUGUCAUUGGUAAGGACAGCUGUCCCCACGGGGUCACCCGCGGCCUCGGCAAGUUGACCCUCAAACUUGCACAUAGGCUCAUGGAGCAGAGAGCAGGUGUCACCCAGGGUUGUGAGCUCUGAGGGACCCAGGACAUCAUCCAGCUCAGAUGCCGUCUUACCUCCCAUGUCAUAGCUGAGUGAAACCAAGCUGAGACUCGCCUGGGUCAUGCAACCCGUCAGUAGCCGUGACGGCUCUGUGCCCCUGCCCAACUUCAGGGGUGGGGUGCCAUCUGGCCCCUCCUCCUUGCUUCCCUCCCCCAACCCAGCCUUACUCCACACCACGCGACAAUCAUUUUGUACGGAUAGCGGGAGCAACGCUGUAAGAUUUUGUACAUUGAUUUGUUACCUAGAAAAUCCACUGUGUCUCCGGACUACUGGCCUAUUAAUAAAAGAGCCUCUGCUUUGUACAUGUGGCUGCUGCCUCGUGACAUCUGCCGGGUGCCACUCUGUGGCUUCUGGUAUUGUGGGGGAAGUGGGGAGGUCCUAUCCAGGGCCGUUCCUGAGCCCACCUCAGCCCCACCCCUAGAAGGGCCACCAAGCUGAUAUAUCAGGCCCAAGAGCCUUCAGCCCCGGGACCAAGCACUCGCCACCUGGCCCAGGUAAGAAAGAACUGGUAAGACCUAGCUGUAUGUUAUGUUCUGGAUAUUUGAAAUAUUUAAUAACUUUCAUUGGAAAAAAGAUGGUUGAAUCCCUUUACUGCCAGCAUAAGGCAAAGAGGCAAGGUUACUGGCAGCAAGAAGGUUCUGAGGAGGGGGGGCCACUGCUCGUCCUCCCCAGAGCUUGCAGGCACUGGAACCCCAGUCCAGGGCUCCCCUGAGGUAGGCACAAGGCACAGACUGACUCCUGUUUUGCAGCUAGGGAAACCCAAGGUUCAGGGUGCAAUUUGCCAAGAGCCAGCGGGCAGUUGCAGAGAUGCCAUCUCGAGCUGGGCCGUCCAAUAUGGCUGCCACGAGUGGGGCCAGCGGCCACACGCCGAUAUUUUGGAGCCAUCGAGUUCAAUAAAAUAUAUUACCAUUAA